AUGUCCGUAGCCUGUGAGGUGCCCGGUUUGAUAAACGUACAGUACACGCGUACACGUUUAGAUGCUCAUUUUGUAGCAUCGUCCAGCUCCCGCCAAAACACACAGAACCCUCAGAGACCGAAAGCCAUGGCCAUCCUAAACCACACCACUGUAUCAAGCACGCGCCACUCGACUUUCAAUCUUCUUUCCAAACGUCAAUAG